GAUGGCGGCGCCCAUGAAAGAUGCCGGGGAGUUUGAAAGCUGGCUCGACGAGCGACUGGACUCGUUAGAAGUUGACCGUGAGGUGUACAGUGCAUAUAUUUUAGGAAUUUUAAAGGAAGAAGAAAGCGACGAGGAAAAAGAAGAUGCCCUUCAGGGGAUUUUGUCUGCUUUUCUGGAUGAAGAUACCAUAGAAGAAGUCUGCAAGCAGAUCAUCAAUCACUGGAAGGAGUGUUGCAGCCGACUGGCUGACGGACAAAACAAGGAUGACGCUGAGGUCCAGGCCAUUGCCAGCAUGAUAGAAAAACAGGCCCAGAUUGUUGUGAAACAAAAAGACCUGUCUGAAGAGUCAAAGAAAAGGAAGGAGGCCCUUCUUGCUCAGUACGCCAAUGUAACGGAUGAAGAGGAUGAAGCGGAAGAGGAGCCAGCAACUGGAAUCGAUGUUCCUGGAAAUGAGAGAUCCCUGUUCAGGAACACCAAUGUGGAAGAGGUGCUCAGCAGACAGAAGCAAAAGCGUGACCAAGCUCGGGAAGAUGCUCAGAAGAAGAAAGAAAUGGACAAAAUGCAGCGAGAGAAGGACAAACUGGCCAAACAAGACAGAAAAGAGAAAGAGAAGAAACGUACACAAAAAGGUGAACGCAAAAGAUAAAACCCAUAAGGACGGUUUUCAUCAGUUUCUUUUGCAAUAAAACUAAAGAUUGAGAAGUUAAAGCUUGAAAUGUGUGCUUCUCUUUCCAACUAAAUUUCUAAAUGUGUUUAAGUCACUGUCAGAUGCUUGGUAAAACCUGUCUCAGUUAUUAGACACACUGAACACAAAGGGCAGAAGUACAAUUCAUACAUAAAUACAUUUACACUUAAUUGUUUCAGAGUAAUUUUACCCAGUUUGUAUGACAGUUUUGGUAAUCAUGACUAUGCAGAAAACUUAACUCUACCUUUUUAAAAAUGUUCCGUUUUGAUUAUGAUGUCAGGAUUUCACUAAAGCAUAUCAUUAAUGAUAAGAAUCAACCCAUUUCACUGGUAUUCUUGGAGCCAACAUUUGAUAAAUGCUGGAUAUUUCUACACAACUUUCAUCUGCAGGUUUUGCUUUUAUUUUCUAUGCAUCUUGACAGCAAACCAGAACACAUUUUGCUAAAUUAACUAACCUCAGAUGUAUACUGUUCCAUCAUUCAAAUGUUUUGAGGUUUAUCUUUUUUUGAAAUGAAUAAAAACCU